AUGAGUCUCUGCCAGGUACCUUCUGAAAUCCUUCGUCUCAUCAUCGAAAAUCUAGAUCCAGAUGAUUUGCUUCAACUGGCUUCAACUAGCCGCCAUUUCAAGCAUAUUAUCCAUGAUAAGUUCAUCUCCCGAAAGGUUCUGGAGAGUAUCCCUUUCUCCUUGGAUUAUAAAGAAGGCCGUAAGACUGGAGAUUACGACAAAGCACUAAGAAAGCGUGUCAAGCGACGCAACGCUCUUCGUAUGGCAAAGCCGUUUCAUAUUUUGGAAGUCUCUAGCGAAGCUGUUCAUUUUACCUAUGCCAAUGGCGCUCUAUGUUAUACUACGAAGCAAACCUCGCCUGGUCACGAGCAUCGAUUGCGGGUUUUGCUUCUUCAAGGCUCUCCUGUCCAGGAAAUAAACAUCAGCGUUCUUCAGCUAAUAUGCGAUUCCGAUAUUUCUGAUUUUGAUGAAAAUCGACCUUACCAGUUUAAACCACUGUAUCACGCGGAUGGCAUUGUUUCAUGUUUAUACGAACAAAGAAAACCUCCAUCUCGUGGUCGCUGGUUGAUUAUAUAUAGCAUUGAGAAGGGAAAGAUUCUUCAAUCUAAGCGCUUGUGUUCAACUGCGAAUAUUUUUGUCCGCAACAACCAUCGUUAUCUUUACUACGGUACAAAGUCGGAACCAUUUGACGGCCAGCGACGAUGGGUGCUCCACGGAUUCUCCCUAGAAAAAUCCGAAUGGCUGCCCCGGAGGGUUAUACUCUGGGAUUUAGCUGGUUCUGAUAUUGGGUCGACGGUGUGCUUUGAGAUUUUUGAUGACCAUCUAUAUGGCGUUUCUAGCCAGGAGCUGACGGAAUUGGAGGAUACCGAAUGGACCGCACCGGGACACCCGCUGAAUUCGUUUUAUUAUGCCUUUCGGUUCCGUUUAGGAGAUCAUUCUACAGUUGAAAUCUUACCAAGAUCUGCACUAUGGCGGCGAGGUGCAACUGAUGGGCCAAUCGACGAUCGCUGGAAUCAUCUCCAACUUGGGCAGGACGAAAAGUCCGGCCAGAUAUCCGUUUUUGAAACCAGAAAGGAAUGGCUCUGUUCGUGGAGCCGACGUAGCUGUUAUGGCAAACAGCUCCUUUUCCCCGCCAAAUCUCACAGCGGAGGUUCAAAAACCGACGACCAGUGUUACGAAGGUUGGAACGAUACGGCCCAUCAUGAAACGAGCCUCGAGGACACUGUACAUCGGGGCGACAAUGGUUUCUCCUCUUUGACUUUUGAUCUCCGCAAUUCUCCUGUUCGCUCUUACAGCCCCAGCUGCCAAGCCUUUGUGGACAUUGUUAGUACUACCACAACCUCGACUGUAGCUACUAAACGCUUACGACUACGGGAAAUUAGUUUUUGGCCAGCGGACCGGGGGAACAUGCCAUCAGAUGGAUCCCCGGACUCCCCUCUCGACCGCUACAUUGACGGACUCCUUAACCCCCAGGCGUAUUUCGAUGAAGUCGAAUGGGCAACGGAUGAAAGGGUGGUGGUUUAUUCUCCCAAAACUCUAAAUCAGCUUAACGAGCCACGAUCAGUCGUUUUGAUUUCUUUUGAUCCCGCUCUAAAUUUUGAGGGGCUGUGUUGUUGGGACGAAUACUUGAUGUCACCGCAUAACCGCUCUGGCAAAUCGGAUUUUCAUGCGGAAUGUAUAAUAAAUACCGCUAUGAUGAAUCCGGAAUCGACGACAUGCGGAACUCCAAGGGUCCACGGUCUAGAUUUAUCGCAUACUAUCAGAUCCCAAGACUCUACCCGAAAGCGAAAGAGGCUCUCCACCAGCUUACCGAACGGUCACCGGCCUGCUGGAUUCAAGUUUACCGAAACAAAUGCGACCCGAACAUACUUCAGAUGA